AUGUCGGAGACUUCUUGUAGUGUCAACCCUCUGCAGAGGUUUUCAACUCUAACGAAUAAUAAUGGUAACGUUCCUAGAGUUCCAUAUGGGAAUGAGAGUUUGAUUAGUAGUAAUGCUCGGAAUGAUUCCACAGAAAGGUCCUUCUUUAAUGGGAAUUCUGCAAUGAAUUCUAACAUAUCACCGUCGUUUAUGCCUUUACCUCAAAGUAGAUCUACAACCACCAAUGAUGUUCAAAAUUUGUCUUAUAUGCAGACACAUAAUAACGGCAAUCGUGAAGAGUUAGAUUUGCCUGAUUUGUCAAAAGUGCAGAUACACGACCCAAUGGAGUUUAGUGAUGAAUAUAAGAAAUUUUACGGUAAUUAUGAAGCUACAAAUAUACAACCAAAUCAUAGACCUACGAUACAAAGGUUUCCUCAAUAUGAGAUGAAUAGGUCGUCAUUACAGAUGGUAGAAUCAGCACCAAUAAUGAUACGGCAGUUUCAAGAUCCGCAACAUUCUGUAAAUAUUAAUGAUAAUGGCUAUGGUGGUACAAGUUUUCCAGAGUUAAAUGACGUACAAAUUCAUACAAUAGAUCAUGAAUUGGAUAUAAUUGAACAUGGAUUAACUAGGGGGCCAUCUCUCAUGAACCAUAGUCAACCACAGUCACGGGCAGCCUUUGAUGGAGAACAGAUACAUUUCAAAGAAGUUGCAGCAAGUAUAGUCGAGGUAGUAACACCAGAAACAUCGCGUUCAUCCUCACCAGUAAAUAGUAAGCUGAAUGGCUCUAAAUUUAUGCAAUUGAUGAAGAAAGUAAGUGCUGGAUCAGUGACAUUACGUAGAGAUUCUCCGGAGUUAUUCACUCCCGAUACUGACGAAGUAGUAGGAAACGAAUAUUUCCCAGUUUACGAUCAUCCCAAAUAA